ACCCUAUCACAGUGGAUGGUUGAGGACUUGAAGAGUGUUUGAAGAGGGUUCUCUUUGUAAUCCAUCUUCUUGGUUCAAUCUUGCAAGCUAUUAGGAAAGUUGCUUUGAGUGUGCUUUGAGCUAAGGCUUCCCUUCUGUCAAGCCUAAACUUUGGAAAGGUCAAAGGAAAAUUAUUGAAUUUUAUCCAGGUUUGACAAGAUCAAUGGAUGAUUGGAAUGAAGAAUCUUUGGAAGAUCAGUCUGAGGAAUCUAUGUUACUUUCUAUUUUAGAAGAUGAUAUAAGGGAGAAUGAAGAGGUCAGUGCUUUAAUUGGUCAAUACACAGUAAAAUAUCUAUGCAAAGAGCCACGAAGGGACGGUGAUCAAACAGGGCAUGCGUGGGUGCAAGAAAUUUUACAUGGGCAUCCCAUCCGUUGUUAUGAGAUGUUUCGAAUGGAAAAACAUGUAUUUUAUCAAUUCUGCAAUGAAUUGGUUGGACAUGGUUUACAAGCAACUAAAGGAAUGGGGAUAGAAGAAAUGGUUGGAAUGUUCUUGAACUUGCUUGGUCAUGGAGAGGGAAACAGGAUGAUGCAGGAAAGGUUCCAACAUUCUGGUGAGACUGUAAGUAGGCAUUUCCACAGAGUAUUAGUUGCUUGUCUUAAGUUGUCAUUUGAAUACAUUAAGCCACAAGAUCGAAGGUUUCGUAAUGUUAAUGAAAAAAUUCAAAAUGACCGACGAUAUUGGCCCUUUUUUGAAAAUGCUAUAGGAGCCAUUGAUGGUACUCAUAUCCCAUGUGUGGUUAGUUCUAGUGAACAACCCAGAUAUAUUGGAAGAAAAGGAUAUCCCACACAAAAUAUAAUGGCUGUAUGUGAUUGGGACAUGUGUUUUAUUUUUGCAUUACCGGGGUGGGAAGGCACUGCACAUGAUGCUCGUGUAUUUGAAAAUGCUCUCACAACAGCCUCAAUGAAUUUCUCACAUCCACCUCCAGGAAAAUAUUAUUUGGUUGAUGUUGGCUAUCCAACACCAGUUGGCUAUAUUGGUCCAUAUAGAUCUGAACGCUACCACCUUCCAGAUUUUAGACGCUCAACUGGAUUUGCAAGCAACAAUGAAGUGUUCAAUUAUUAUCAUUCGAGUUUACGAUGCACAAUAGAAAGGACUUUUGGGGUAUGGAAAAAUAGAUUUGCAAUGUUACGUUGCAUGCCUAGUUUUAAAUUUGAGACACAAGUGCAAAUAGUUAUUGCGACGAUGGCUAUUCAUAACUUUAUUCGAAGGAAAUCAACUACUGAUUCUGAUUUCAUGCGCUUUGAAGAUGAAGAUAUCCUUGAAAAUGACAAUGACAAUCAAGUUGGUGAGAAUCCAUCCAUAACUGUUGCCUCUUCGACAGAAAUGGAUUUUGUUCGGAAUUCAAUUAGAGAUCAAAUUGUAGAGAGCAUGCAAAAUCACUAG